AUGCACGAGCACGGGGCCUUCGUGACCCCCAUCGCUCCUUCUGCGACACCUGCCCGGGACCCCUUGAGGCUUCUCAAGGCCAACAUCGACCCGAUGACCCACGACAUCCGCGAUUUGACACUCCAACACACGAGGUAUGGCCUUACUGUGUUUGCUCACUCGCGCGACACACUCACCAACAUGAGACAGGCCAUUGCCGAUAAUGCGAUCACUUGCGCCGCACUCUCCAUCAGAAUCCCCGACAAGCGCAACCCCCACCUACGCUUUUGGGGCGUCGACCCAGACAUAUCGACCGACGAGUUUAUAGACCGCGUCAGAGAGCGCAAUCCCCAACUCCAGCUCGAUCCGCAGAAGUGCAAAGUUAGGGCGUCAUUCAGGGAACGCUCGGGCACUUCGGCAGUUAUUGUUGAGGUAGACCCCGACGCGUUUGCACGCAUCAUGAGCCAGCAGCGCAUUUCGGUGGGCUGGACUUCGGACCGUGUGACCGAAGACCUCCACUUGGCCACGUUGGCCUACACCCCUGCCCGCCUCACAAAGGCUAUAUCGCAUUGUGAACUCCCUAGUGCCUCAUUUUCGAAGCACCGGGUGGUCGUCAUAGCUACAGCAAGUACAUACCUGCAUGCAAGAGCAAAGGCACGGGAGGCAGAAGAUACGGACAACGUGCCUGCUACAGAUACUGAAAUGGGCAGAGGCAAACGUCGCCGCCGAAAUGGCCAUGAAAUGCCAGACGAACCAGAUCUAAGGAGCUCCCCAUCUCCAUCCAGCAGCACGGAGUUGGAACCAGGCCUUCAUGCAAGUGCACUUGGGACACCACCACGUUUCGUCAGCGAUGAUAGCCCCCAGAGCCCACAGAUCACACCUGUACCUCUUCUUGAAGCAGAGCACCAGAGCCAACAGAGCUCACCUGUACCUCCUGUUCAAGCAGAAUAUGAGCACGGAGAUCGCCAGCCGGCAUUCAUGGCGCAACAUGCACGCCUUGGAUCAAGUCUGCAAAUUGACACACCAGUAAUGCAUCAGAGCCAAGAAAGCAUGCGAACACCUCUUGUUGAAGCUAGAUAUGAGCACGGAAACUGCCAGCCGGCAUUCGUCAGGGCGCAACAUGCACGCCGUGGAUCAAGUCUGCAAAUUGACACACCAGUAAUGCAUCAGAGCCAAGAAAGCAUGCGAACACCUCUUGUUGAAGCUAGAUAUGAGCACGGAAACUGCCAGCCGGCAUUCGUGGAAUCACACGCACGUCGUGGAUCGAGUCUGCAAAUUGACGCACCAGUAAUGUUCCCAGAUGUCCAGAAUCGUGACAGAACGUACUGCACCUUGACUCCUUCAAACCAAAGCACGACGUUCCCACCACUGCAAGAGAGGCCUCCUGCCUUGUGUGCUCCGCAAAAAGCGGUAAAGCUGAACCACCGCACUCGUGGUGCUUCUGACGAUAAAAUAAAGGGCUUCAUAACGAUCUGGCUCAAGAACGCGAAGAUACGGCAGGGGUGA